AGCAUCUUAUCCAGAUAGAUUGAUUGACUAUACUGAUAACUAGCGGUAAACGUCGUUACAGUGUUCCUUUAAAUGAAUUGACCUGCGCACAAGUGGAAAGUAUGUGUACUGUUGUCAUGGUAUCGGGUAGCGGCCAUGUUGGCUUUUCAAACUGGUCAGAUCAAAACAAGCGAGCUUAAAUUAAUUCACAGUUGCACUCAAUAAUCCUGUAAUUUUUUAAAAUGCACAUCAAAUAUCCGAAAAAGAAGGACUUCUUCACAUGGGAAGAACUGGGAUGUCUAGCCAAGGCUCUCGGGGUGAGUAUCAAAGAAUAUUUUCAAGAGUUGCGUGAAGUGAGAGUUGCAUUUCAGCUAUAUGAGCAUGAGGAUAUGAUGGGUUUGGUYAUAGACGAACAUGUUCUUCUAAGAACGCUAAAGGUGUGUGGGAGGACUGUCUCACCAGUAAAACUGAUGCAAAUCUGUGAUUUCAACUCUAUUUUAGUCCCUGAGGACGAAAAGAAGAAAACUCAAUUGAACAAUGCUUACGAGCAAGCCCUUCUCAAGCCUCAUCUCAAAAGCAAAACACMACAGCAACAAUCAUGGCGUUCACACCAACCUUUUCUUGUGGACGAUAAACCAAGAAUAAAACUAGUAAGCAGACAUCAGCAACGUUCUGUGGAACUCACAGACCACUUAGAUCACUCACAUAAAAAGGUUCUUAAUGCUCGUUGUGGUCGAACAGGAAGGACCGGACGAUCAUUCAUUGAUCUGAAUGACRUGAAGAGAAAAGAAUCUCCGAAAUUUCGACGAGAGUUUGAAAGUCCUUUACUUGUUUGGCCGACGACAAAAGAAGAGCAAAGAGAAGCUGAAACCUCUCGUGUCAUUUUUGCUACGUCGCCACCGAGAGAGUUCCGAAUAACGCCCGAGAGAUCAAGCACGUCGGAUUCACAGUCCUAUCUUAGGUCGUAUUCUGGUACUACACCACAGAAAUUAUCGAGGUUGUCUCGAAACGACGAGAAAGAUAUAUUGGUAACUCCCAGAGAUGUCCACAACUCGAACGUACAAAUUGAAAACCUUAAUUGGGAAAUGGAGACACAAUCAGUGAGACAUAAGAGAAAGAUCGACAAAUACUUACAGGAAUUGUAUCCACAGCAGUAUAGAAACAUGCGACCACAGACUGAACCAGCUGACAAACGUGAAUCAGUUGGCCAGUCUCUAUCGUUACGUCAUGAUAUGAAGAAAUUGCCAGGGGCAAAGCAGCCGCUCUCAGUAGAAGCCAUCAAAGUUUCUCCACGAAAACAAAAAUCCAAAAAAGAAAAUAUCUAUUCUACGUUAAAAUCAAGACUCCAAAGCACAAACUCUCUUUUAGACUUCGGCGAAGUUGAGGUCCCUUCUACUCCAUUUUCAACGUUCUUAAUGAAAGAACUCGAGAGAAAAAGAGGAAAAGAUACAAUGCCAUUACCUUAUAAUGGGCCAAGAACAUUGAAAUUAGAAAACCUCGGGAGUUUACCCAGGGAAAGCGAGCUGAACGCUGAACGUAAUGAUAAAGAAGUCCUAGAUUUAUUGGAUAAGUUUCAAGAGGCCGACUUUGUUGCAACUGGGAAAAAAGGAUUUGGUGCGGCUCAUGGUGAUGAACGACAGAAAUGGAAGCAUACGACGUUCGUGUAGAGACAGUUUUUCGCGGUUCUAAUUUAUUUGGAGAUGAGGUGAAGAACUAUUGUCGGCAUCUUGGGACCCAAUAUCGAGCGAAAUCCUAGCUCGAGAUGUUUUUCAGUCAGAUGGCUCAAAAAUUCAAAUUCAAAUUACAGAAAUGAAUGCACUAUCUGUUUAACUUUGCAUGUAUGCCUGUGCAAUAUAUUCGUGUAUGGAAAUCAUAUUACUAUAUAUUUUGUUAAGCACUAAAGUGUGCUCCAAGAACUCCUGCGAGACCACUGAACUUAUGCAAACAAAAACCACACAGAAUUCAUGCAUUGGUUUCGACGAUGAACGCCAUCUGUUUUUGAUUUGAAAAUGUUGCACGUUUAACAAUCGAGAAAAUUAUUUCCGUUUUCAUUCAGAACAAACGCGAUUGUUAUUCGUACGGGAGUCGUUAUUCGUACAGGAGUCUGUUCAACGAAUAUUUACCAACAUUUUUCAUUCCCGUACGAAUUAUUCGCGAUUGUUAUUCGUACGGGAGUCGUUAUUCGUACGGGAGUAAUUUUUGCCUAAUUACUUCAGCUCUAACGAAAAAUCCGAAAACCAGCUUGGAUUUACUGGUAGCAUGGCGCAUGCGCAGUGCUUAUAUAUUGUUUGAUGUAAUAUCACGGCUGUAAUCCAAUUUUUUAUGGGGAGGGGAUACGGGUAGAAGUGAAUGAAUGAAUGCUAAUGAAUAUGAUAUUAAUUCAAAUAAAUAAAACGAUUUAAAAAAGUGA